AAGAAGUGCAGGGUGGAGCCGUACAGGAAGUGAAGUGUCAAUGCAAGUCUCGCCAAAGCAGACAGAGAGAGAGAGAGCUGCCGACCGCCGCUUUGAUGAACCAUAUUAAUAAUUAUUACAGCUCAACACUGCUACAUAGUGAGCUCAAAAUAGAGACUCUGCUGAGAUCUGCUGGUAAGCUGGAGAACUGCAGCACUGGCGUCAUGGUGAAGGAUGUUUCGAAAGGUCAAGAAGCGCCACAGCAGCAGCAGCUCCCAGAGCAGUGAGAUCAGCACUAAAAGCAAGUCAGUAGAUUCCAGUUUGGGAGGCCUGUCUAGGUCAAGCACAGUCGCCAGUCUUGAUACAGACUCGACCAAGAGCUCAGGUAACGCUGUGUCUGAUACAUGUGCUGAGUUCAGAGUCAAGUAUGUGGGAGCCAUCGAGAAGCUGCAGUUUGAGAUGAGCAAAACCCUCCAGGAGCCUCUAGACCUGAUCAACUUCAUCGAUGCAGCUCAGCAAGAUGGAAAGCUGCCAUUUGUGCCUGGAGAUGAGGAAAUGAUUCUGGGAGUGUCCAAGUAUGGAGUUAAAGUGGCCUCAUUAGACCAGUGUGAUGUGCUUCACCGUCACCCGCUCUACCUGAUUGUACGUAUGCUUUGCUAUGAUGAUGGUCUGGGUGCUGGAAAGAACCUGCUCGCACUGAAGACCACUGAUGCCAAGCAGCAUGAGUGCAGCAUCUGGGUGUAUCAGUGCAGCAGUGCGGAACAAGCCCAGGCCAUCUGUAAAGUUCUGUCCACCUCCUUCGACUGUGCUCUGGCCUCAGAGAAGUCAUGAGGAGGCCUGGGAACGCUCCGGUUCUUCCACCCUCACUUGUUCCUUCAGCAGAAAGAGGAAGGAAGUCUGUUUGUGGAAGGUGCCCUUUUAAAACAGAUCUGACAGAAAUGCUGGAAUAUGUCUCACUUUUGUUCUGCAUUAAAAAGGGCAGCCAUCUCAACCACAUGUUUACAUCAUAUUCAUUAGUCUAAUCCUGGCAUCCCCUUCUCCAAACAGUCCCACCACAACCCCAAAGUCCAAGAUCGGGCUGCAUCUAUUUUUAUAAUGUAAUUUAAUCUUAUUUAAUGUAUAUAUACAACAACCUCAGAGCGCAUUUCCCCCUAUGGACCAGUGAAUCUGUGAUUUCUUGGGCUUUAGUGGGAUUUGUGUAAAGCGUGGUACAUUAAUGUCAGUGGAACACAAAGAUGCUGUAAAACCCAAACCCCAUGUGCCCUGUAUAUGUACGUGCCCCUCUUCUGUCAUCCUCCAGUGUCCCGGUCCAAGUGGGAUGGGAUCAGUUAAUACGGUACAAUAAAUCAAUGCGAAUGUAA